AUGACUUCGAAAAGGACUCUGAGGAAGCGAGUGGAUGUGAAACUCGUCAACAGUCAGAAGAAAGCCAAGAAGCUAACCUGCAAACCAUCAUUCCAUGCAUUCAAGAUAUUCUCUGAAGAGCUUGUCGCCGUUCAUAUGUUAAAACAGAAGCUUUACUUCAACCGACCCAUCUAUGUUGGCUUCAGUAUCCUCGAUAUCUCUAAAACCCUCAUGUAUGAUUUCCACUACAACUACAUCAAGAGCAAAUAUGAGUCUAAGGCAACACUGCUCUUUACAGAUACGGAUUCCCUGGCGUAUGUCUUACGCACAAAUGACCUAUACGAGGACAUGUUGCAAGAUCAAUGCCUUUUCGAUACAUCAGAAUAUGACAAAGACCAUCCACUUUACAGCCUGACGAACAAAUCAGUACUCGGAAAGAUGAAGGAUGAAACACAUGGGAAUGCCAUACAUGCCUUCAUUGGAUUGAAAUCAAAAAUGUACGCCUACGUCUACGACACAACAUCAACGACAGAGGUGGAUGGAGAGCUUGUGAAAACCACAACUCAUGUCGAGACGAAAAGAGCAAAAGGAAUUAAGAAAAACGUCGUCCAGAACCAAACACACUACGAGCAAUAUCAGCAAUGUUUAUUUGGUCACAAACAUUCGGACGGCGAGAAUGUUUUUGCUCAGCAGCAGCAGCAGCAGCAAGAAAUAUCCAGUAGAGAGAGGUUGAUUAAGUCAGCACAAGAUGAACUUAACCGGCAGCAGCAGCAGCAGCAGCAGCAGCAACAGCAGCAGCAACAGCAACAGCAGCAACAGCAGCAGAUUUCCAAUAGAGAGUUUGAUUCAGCCAGCACACAAUGGAUUUAA